AUGAGGAUGUAUCAGGUCAAUUGUGUUCUCCAUCUCAUUUCCAACCUUCUUGUGUCUCGUAGUUAUUUUGUCCUCGAAUGCCACUUAAAAAUAAAGUUAUAUUGCAGAAAAGUCCCUCUAGGGCAAAAUCGAGGCUGCAAGCCAGGUUUGAGAUCCGUGGAGAGAGCGCCCCUUGCGGCAGACGCGGGCAUGGCGGGGACCCCUCCGCCAGCCCCGGGCGCGCGCAAAGCUGCGAUUGGAAAAACAAGAGCACGUUGUUCUCAGAGAAAUGUGCCUCCGGUGGAGAAGAACAGGGAGGGAAGGGGGAGCCUGGGGCAGAUUUCCCCGUGGGUGCGGACCUUGGAAAGCAGGAGGCAAGAGGCGGGGACCGCAGCGCUCGGGCCAUUGGUGGAGGAGACUUCGCCGGCACUGCGUCAGGGCGCAGGGGGUCGGGGCUGUAACUGCGCGUGGAACGGGAAGCGCGACGGCCGGCUCUCGUCGCCGCCCGUUUUCACCGCCUGCAGUGCGAACCCCAGGGUUAUCUUUCUAAACCGAAGCUCGUGGUCUCUCUCUCUGUGUUUGGAAUUCUUCACGAACGCUUGCAGCGUGCACGAGCGACCUGACCGUCCCCCCGACUCGCCCGGUGCUCGCUGGCAGCUUGCGGACUCCUGGUCGCGCCCCGCGUCUCCCGGUCGGGCUGUUUACAUGAGAUGGAAGCACUGUGGGGUGCAAGGUGAUAGGCCUUUAUGCAAUCUAACAAAACUUUUGAACAAACUUCAGAAAGACCACAGAGAUGACAUCUAUCUCUACACCUCUGGGCACUUGAAUUCCAAUAAGCUCUACAGGCCUCCUGAGACAAUCCUCUAUCACUGGCCCAAUGCCAACAGACCAAAAGGGGAAAAAGUCUUCAAAGUAGAGAAACCAUCUGAUAAGAAGAUUGCAAAGAUGAAAGAUGCUUUGGCUUAUUUUACCAUCAAUACAGCUCUGAGUCCAAAAGAUGUCCAGACCACACCACUAUUCAGGUAUUUGGACCCUCUGGAGCCUAUUUCCCGCACUUCAGAAGAGGACUUCAUUCCAAGGAAGGCUCCAGGAAAAGAGGCUUCUGCAGAACUGUGGAGGAGAGAAGAACUGAGAUUGCCAGAGAUGAAGGUUCUCAAAUACAGAACAGUGGAGUCCAGCCGUCAGUGUGUGAUGUCUCCCCCACCCAAGGAUAAGUACCAGUACAUCAGCUCCUACCUAUCUGGUGUUACAAAGACAGACAAGUACAGAAAGUUCCUGUGCUUCCAAAAAGAAGUUCUUGCAAAGCAAGAUCUCAUGAAGCACGAUUUCACUGGGAGAAAGGCAGCAAUAUGCCAUGAAAAGAAGUUGGAACAGGAACUCCAGAAAGUGUGCAUAUGUGAACCUCAGCAGUUCAACAGACUGCACAUCUUUGGAGAAGUCUUUGAAGAUAUUUGCAAUAGUUCUUUGAUAUUUGGUGACAUCUUGAAAGAAGUCAAGGAUGAAUAUGAGCUCUACAUGGCAAUCCUUCUGCAGUCCCAGGCCUCGUCCCAGGACAAGACUGGAAUAAUGCUGGCUAAUGCCAAGGGGCUGGAGAAGAGAUCAGUGAAGACUGCAGAUGUCACCCAGGCCAAGGAGGAACUGAGGGUGAUGGUGGCAGCCACCAAAGCAGCCAUGGAGCAUAAUGACAAACUCAGAAGCGAACUCGAGAGGGAGCAAACACUGCUGCAAUCUGCUAAGGAAAAAUCAGAAUUAUCUAAGAAAGAUGUAAUGGAUGAGGAUCACCUCACUCUUAUUGAGAAGGUCGAAAAGAAGAGGUGUGAAAUACUUAAUAAAUGGGAUGAAAUUCAAGCUCUUGAAAGAGAAAUCAAAACAACUUUGCUUCAUACGGGAAUUUCACAUAUCACUGAGAAUAGGAUUAAAAGCAUAGAGACUGAAGCUAUAAAAUUGGAAACAGCAAACAGAAUUUUAAAGAAGAAAAUGCAUGUUACUGAAAUCCAGGUGAAGCAGACCAUGGAGAAGAGUAAGAUGAGUGAGGAGGGGCGACGGAACCUUUGGGAUUUUAUUAAAGAAUUCGUAAAUUUAAAGGAAACAGAAACUAACUCAAGUGAUUGGAAAAUGACCUAUGAAAAUUCAUAGCCACCAUGUGC